UCUUCCCCACCUCACAAGUCACAUCCCAACACAAGUGAUAAUCAACCACGCAACCUUCGAAGCACUCGCUUGAACCCGGGAGAUAUUCGGCUACAUCGCGAUGGCCAAUGCCGAGCUCGUGCUCGUCCCAACCCCCGUCACGGGCCAUCUCGUAUCGAUGGUCGAGAUGGCCAAGCUCCUUGUCGACCGCGACCCCCGCCUCUCUAUCACCAUCCUCAUCAUGAAGCUUCCCAUCGACUCCGAAGUCGACUCUUACACAAGCUCAUUUGCCGCCUCCAUGGCUGCCGCCCGCAUCCGCUUCAUCCACCUCCCUCAUGUGAACUUAGACACCAAGAUCUCCUCGGGCAGUUUCCUCACCGACUUCAUGGAAAACUACAAGCCCCACAUCAAGAGGGCCGUUGCCGACCUCACCAACUCGGCCACCUCGACCUGGCGGCUUGCGGGAUUCGUGAUCGACAUGUUCUGCACCACCAUGAUCGAGCUGGCAGACGAAAUUGGAGUCCCGUCCUAUGUCUACUUCACGUCCAGCGCCGCGUUCCUUGGGUUAAUGCUGCACCUACAGUCGCUCCAAGACGAGCAACACGUGGACAUAACAGAAUUCAAGAACUCAGUCGCUGAGCUGGACUUCCCAAGUUUCGCGCAUCCGUUGCCGGCCAAGGUCUUACCGUCCGUGGUUCUGUUUAAAGAGGAGGUCCAACCAUUCCUGGAGCACGCCAAGAGGAUUAGAGCGAUCAAGGGAAUUAUCAUCAACACGUUCGACGAGCUCGAACCACAUGCACUGGGGUCCUUGGCGGGCCUCGGGACGCCGAUGGUGUACCCCGUGGGGCCCAUAUUGAAUUUGAACGAGGAGGCUAAAACGAAGGCUGAUGGUGGCGGCCGAGGCGACGAUAUCAUGGCGUGGCUCAACGAGCAACCGCCUUCGUCAGUGGUUUUCUUAUGCUUCGGGAGUAGGGGAAGCUUCCGCGAGGACCAGGUUAAGGAGAUUGCCUACGCGCUGGAGCGGAGUGGGCACCGCUUCCUAUGGUCCCUACGACAGCCGCCGUCGAAGGGCAAGUAUGAUCUACCACGUGACUACACGGACCCCAUGGAGGUCUUGCCGGAGGGGUUCCUUGACCGGACGGCCAGCGUUGGGAAAGUGAUUGGGUGGGCCCCACAGGCUGCAGUCCUUGCCCACCCGGCGAUUGGGGGGUUCGUUUCGCACUGCGGAUGGAACUCCACCCUAGAGAGCAUUUGGUUCGGUGUGGCGGUGGCCACGUGGCCCCUCUAUGCAGAGCAACAAUUUAAUGCGUUCGAGCUGGUGGUGGAGCUAGGCCUUGCGGUGGAGAUCAGGAUGGAUUACAGGAGGGAUUUCAGGAUGGAGAGCGACUUUGUCGUGACGGUGGAUGAAAUAGAGGGUGGAAUAAAGAAGUUAAUGGAGGACGUCGGCAGUGAGAGGCGGAAGAAGGUGAAAGAAUUGAGUGAGAAGAGUAGAAAGGUAUUGAUUGAGGGUGGCUCUUCUUAUUUGGCUUUGGGUCGUUUGAUCGAAGACAUCUUGAAUAAUAUGCCUUGAUUAAGAUGACUCCAAUAGUUGGAAUCUUUAGCAUUUCAGGUGUAUCCACGUUGAAUAAAAAAAAUGUUGACUUUCAUUGUAUUAGAUCAGUUUGUACUUAUAAAAGUGAGCUUACCAUGGAAAUCUAGUACAUGCGUCAAUGUAAAAAGUAAUUUUUA